CGGUGGCGUCGGCAAGGAGCGAGGCGGCGCGUGCGCGCUGGGCCAAGGGGCUCGGCAGGCGCCGCUGAGAAUUGCCGGGCCGCGGCCGCAGUCGUUUACAUACCUUCCCGCGCGGCGCCGGCGCUGCCAACUGAAAGCGGGUGGGGCGGCGCGCGAUUAGGCUUCCCGCGCCAUGAAGGUGAAGAUCAAGUGCUGGAACGGUGUGGCCACUUGGCUCUGGGUGGCCAACGACGAGAACUGCGGCAUCUGCCGGAUGGCCUUCAAUGGCUGUUGCCCGGACUGCAAGGUGCCAGGUGACGACUGCCCGCUGGUGUGGGGCCAGUGCUCGCACUGCUUCCACAUGCACUGCAUCCUCAAGUGGCUCAAUGCGCAGCAGGUGCAGCAGCACUGCCCCAUGUGCCGCCAGGAGUGGAAGUUCAAGGAGUGAGGCUGCGCUGCCUUACUCGCCCCUCGCCCUGAGACGGCCCCACCCCCACAUUGGCUCUGGGUGGCCAUGGUUUCCACUGGGACAGUCCCCUUUGGGCUGUGACAGGGUUGAAACGAGGACUGGAGCUGCGUUUGUUUUUUUCCAUCACAACACUGACACUUUUAUCCAAUAAGUAAAACUCAUUAAACCACAUGAGCCUGGC